CUUCAGCAUGGCUACAGCCUGCCUGUCAAGUGAUGUAAGCAGUGUAUAACUUUAGCGUUUUGAGAUGGAGUCGGACUUUUGUUGUCGCUUGUGCCAAAAAGACAUGAGAGUUGCCGAUGUACUACAACACUAUACAAAACUGUUCGAAAGUGCAACUAAAGCUUUGUCGGUUUCGGAAAGGUUGCAUAAAAUUGGAGUGAACGUCUCGAAUACACCGAGGAAGCCCAAUCGAGUCUGUCGAGCGUGUACAACGGUGUUAAACAGACUUGAAAGAGAUCUUCCUAUUUAUUGGAGGUGGAUUGCAAACGAGGUCGAAGAAGGUGCCGCAGAAUCAACAGGUGCUGAAAAGCGAGCUCGAGCCUACUCCGUCGAAAACGCCAAGAGACUUGAAGAAGCUCCGCCACAGUACCCAAAAGCCAGAGGGAUCUGUCGCUGUUCGGCGGAAUAUAGCCGAGGCCCCAAUCAAAGGCUCAGUUGGUGACUCAAAGAGUUGAUAAGGAAAUAUUUGAUCAAAAGAAAAUGGAGGGCAGCAGCCAAGUUGAUCAUGUCACAUAAAGAUCUGGCUGAAGAAUUCAAAAUCCAAGUCCUGGCGAUGGUACAGAGUGAAUGCAAGACAUUAUGCAACCCAUGUGGCGACUUCAUGUUGUGGCGUUCAUCACCCGAAGACCUUAAAGUGUUCUUAUUUUCCAGCCUGGAAUCAGACCUCCUGCGUCUAUCACCAUUUCUGCUGUCUGUCUUUUCAACCAUCUCCAACAACUGUCGACCCGUCACCUGUGCUGCCAUCUCAAUAGCACUGAGGGGAAGAGCACCCCGGAUGUCAGCGUUUGCACACUACCUAAACAAUGUUCUACAUUAUGGUGGUGCCAAGAAGGCAGUCUAUAGCAGACUAAGUAAACUUGGCAUCACAACAACUCACAACAACUCCAUUGUAAAGCAGAAAGAGAUGGCAGAUACAUAUGCAGAUGGUCUGUUGGUGCUAAAGAGGCAGAAUGAAGCAUUCCUGGCAGAGCUUAACAGCACUGUCAGUCCAGGAGAGGAGAACCUUGACACGGUACUCAGUGAUGUCUUCGGAAGCAUGGAACAGCUACAGUUGUCAGAGACUGCAGAGGAGGCAGGUCCAAGCCACGCUGAAGGCCCGGUGCUGGACCAAGAUGUGAGGAUAAGCUCUCAGCCAUUUCCUGAACAACAAUCAACUCCACCACAUACAUACUCCAUUGUACUUGACAACUUGGACUUUUUCAUGCACGCACACCAUCAAUCAUCACGCCACAGCAACCAAUCCAUCCACUGGAUACACCAUAUUGCUGUCCAGGACCGAAUUCCUAUAUAUCAUCUGCCCAUUGACAAGCCGUGCGUGGAUCUUCUUCAGUAUGACUUGAGAGAGUCCCUCCCUGGACCCGACACACAACUUUUCAUGCGCAGAGAGGUCAUUGUCCUUGGCAGCCAAAUCCUCACCCAGUAUCUGGCAGCUUUCAGACCAUUUUCCAGAGUGGUACUGCGCCACAUCCCACACCAGUACUCUGAAGAAAUGUCACAGCCUUCAACAGAUUACCCAUUAGGGCUCAUUUUCAAAAAUGAAAAUAAGACCUCUGACCUGUCCGAGGCACUCAGACACAUUCAGCAGAAGUAUGUUCCAAACUGCCCCGACGGUGUCUCCUCAGUGUUGGUAGGAGGUGAUGGGCUCACUGAAGCCAACUGCAGAAAUAUACAGUGGUCUUUUGCAGAGGGACCUGAUGAAAAGGAUAUGAUGGGAAACAUGGUGUUCAUGUUCGAGGACUGGCACGCCAUUAGAGUACUGUUUGAAAUCCACUUCAAACUGUUCUUCAAUGUGACAUCUGGCAAGGACCAUGGGACACUAUGUGCCAACAUGACAAAGUUAAGGAGUUCUCGGCCACAGCAUACUACUUUUCACAAGGAUUUGGUUCUUCUACAGUCUCCUACAUGGGAAACGGUCGUGAAGCAUGUUACAAAAAGACGCUUGCAUGAGGCUGGGCACGUCAUCAAUGCCUUUGAAAUCCAAAAGUCGUGGACUGCAGCGGACCUCAUCCGCGAAGUCCGAAGUGCACUAGUGGAAAAAAUUCCAGCGGAUGUGAGUAUUGAAUUAUUGAUGCCGUGUGGAAACAAGCUUGUGCCUCCAUCACUCCAACAUGGUACGGAGCUGAGUGGAUUUAUGGUCCACAGAGUUUGUCGCUCAAAGACCAUAUAUAUAAGGCCCUCAAGAUCCCUUCAGGUCAACAUAGAUUCAGAUGGCAGUUCUACAGAAGACAGUAACAGGUGUGAAAGGACCAGGAGAACCCGAGCCAGAGUUACUGAUGGGAAUGCUACGACUGAAGAGGAACCUCUCAGCGAAAGUGACAGUGUUGUGGUGUUAAAUGAUGACACCACAACACUUCUCAGAUCUGAUCCAGUACUUCCCAGACCUGAUCCAGUACUUCCCAGACCUGAUCCAGUACUUCCAAGACCUGAUCCACCGAAUCACGCACCACAUGAUGACAGUUAUGGGGCAUACUUAGCCAUCUUACCUUCAAGUGCUACGACCCCUUCUGAUGAUGAAGACUUGCAGCAGGGAAUUCUUGCAAGUCUUGAAAGUCAAAAACUAUUGGAACAAAAGAACACAAAAUCUGCACAGGAAGUGCUCCUCGAUCUUCAAUCUCAAAUUGACAACACCAAAAGUUGCAGGUUCAAUUUAAACAGGUCCUGUGUGCUCGAUGGUGCACUUAGGGGAUUCAAGAGACUUUCAUAUAGCCCUCAGUAUCAGAUGACCAUCAAAUUUUCUGACGACAUGGGAGUAAAUGAGGAAGCAGUGGAUUUAGGUGGUCCCAGAAGAGAGUUCCUUAGGCUGUUGAUGGAAGCUCUGGCAAACUCGAGCAUGUUUGAAGGGAGAAAUGGAAAACUCAACCUUGCCUUGGACAGUUUGGCGUUACGCGAGGACCACUACUUCAUUGCUGGCCGGGCUAUUGCCGUUAGUCUAGUUCAUGGCGGGCCUCCACCAGGAUUCAUUUCAGGCACAUUAUACUCCCUUCUGGUGGAGCCUGGUGAAGUCAGUCCUGUUUUAGAGGAUAUCGCGGAUUCAGACCUCCAUGAAAAACUUAAGAAGGUGUCCAGAUGUGCCUCUUUAACUGAUCUGUUAACCGCCAUUGAACCAAUGCAAGACUAUCUUGCAAAUGCUGGGUGUCUCAGGCAGCUCAAAUCCAUUGAAGAACGUGAUGUGUUUGUUCAAGACAUCCUAAUGUUCCAGGUGGUUCAUAGAGUCCACAGAGCCUUUGAAAGAUUCAAGGAGGGAAUGAAAACCCUUGGCGUGCUUGAUGCUUUGAGAAUGCACCCAGACAAUUUUAGGCACUUAAUGUGCUAUGAGCCAGCCAUUUUAUCAGCCGAGUUAUUAGAAAAUCUUUUUGAAGUCCGGAAGUCUGGAGAGGGAACCAACAAAAGACUGUUAGAAGAGCGCGUUGUGCCUCUCUGGAAUGAUUACCUGCUGAACAGUGAGGAAGAAGUGGGUCCCUCAAAGCUGGGAGAAAUAUUGACCUUUGCAACGGGUGCAGAUAAGAUCCCACCAGUUGGUUUCUCACCAAAACCAUCAAUCGAGUUCCUUCAUGAGAUGCCAGAUAGCCUUUUCCCCAUGGCAAAUACUUGCAUAAAUUGUCUCAAGUUGCCACUAAUCUUCGUGUAUGAGAAAUUCGAGGCAAAUAUGGACUUUGCUCUUGCAAAUACACAUGGUUUUGGUCAAGAGUAAAAGAACACACGUGUUUGUACCAUAUCUAUUGAUGAAUUGCUCUUUAAUAAAAUAAUAAAUACAUAUAUUCAAACUACAGUAUUCAUCUUGCCAUUCUAGUUUGGAGAGCAUUUACCAAAUCUAUGAACAGGUUUAUUCCAUGAUUGUUAUCAUUUUCUAAUGGGUUCAGACUUUCCUCAAUCCAGCUCAUUGUGGUGCCAUUUAUAGGAAUGUUGUUUU